AUGGCAGCAUCAGGCGCACUUCCUGGUCUCUUUUUCUGCUUUUCAGCAAUGGUUCUUCUCAUUUUUGUUUCUGUGUCAUCACCAACAUGGAACACCAUAUCCUUUCUUAAUGUCAACCAAUACUCCUUUGGUGUAUUUGGUUAUACAGGCUCGAAAGUUCAAGUUGGUUACUACUUCCCUCUACCAGGAGACAUCAACACAGGAACACUUCACAGUCUCACCUUCGUUCUUAUCCUUUACCCAAUUGCCGCUGGGCUUUCCGGUCUUGCAUUCCUCUUCGGAGUCUGUGGUGCUGGAUAUCAUCGGGCGGGCACCGUCUUUAUGAGUUUACUCGCUGGACUUGCUACACUGUGCACUUUGAUUGCAUGGACCAUUAGCAUGUCUUUGUUCGGUGUCGUCAGAGAACGCCUGAGAAACGUCGGCAUCAACGCGAAUUGGGGAAAUGCGAACUGGAUCGCGCUUGGCGCGCUGAUUGCGCUGCUUCUAGGCUCCUGCACCGCAGCAUGUGGAGUAUUUGGAAGCUACAGGCGUUCGAGGAGGUAG